AUGGAAUAAAAGAUAGAUUUGGAUAUAACAAUAGGAACCUAUGAUAAUUAAGGCAAUAUAAUAGAUGAAUAAAAACAGAAUAUUUCCAUCAGUAUUUAACCUGAUUUUAAUCAAUAAUAGUAACAAGAAGAAGGUGAAGAAAUAGGGUAAGCAGUUAAAGGUUUUAAAACUACUAUCGUAUAAACUCAGAUAAGUGAUGAUAAGUGUUGUAUUCUAGAAGAAGAAUCAAUUUAAUGA